AUGAACGCCGCCGCGUGGCUUUGGAGACGCUGCACGGCGCGAACACCGCCGCCCAUCGUCGAGACCGAUACGGUAUAUCCGCUGCACCGCCAGGACGAUCAAGCAUUUUAUCGUCAGAUGAACCUCGUAUGGUUAUUGCGGUUCGAAGAUGUUCUCGACGUCGAUAAGUUACGCCUAGCCUUGGCCAAGCUGUUGGAACGGGACGGGUGGAGGAAGAUUGGAGGUCGUCUCCGGAUCAACUCCAAAGGAAAGAUGGAAGUCCAUGUACCGGAGAAGUUCACCGAUGAACGGCCCGCCUUCCGGUGGACACAUCAGAUAUUUGACAUGCCGCUGGACGAGCACCCUGUUGGGGCCCGGCUUCCCAAAGCCGGCGAUCACCCGUACGUGCAGCUCGUGGACAACGAGUUCCAGGAGAUCGAGACCACAUCAGACCAGGCUCUCACACCGGAAGCUCUCAGCCAUCUGGAUGAGCCUCAGUGCUCGUUCCUUGUCACGUCGUUCACAGACCAGACGAUAGCCUGGUCACUCAUGCUCGCCGGACGAGAGGACGAGAUCCCUCCGUUCGACGGUGCCGAAGAAGACGUCAUGGACAACCUGGGCGACGAGAAUCAGGAGAAAACAGAGCCCUUUGCGCUCCAAGACAGGCUGCUCCAGGGCUUUUCGCUGGCGAGGUUCGUGCUGCGCGUGGUAUGGGACAUUGCCCGCCGCCCUUUGAUCCAAAGCAAGAUCGUCUUCCUGCCUGCGUCGUUCGUUUCCCAUCUACUGCAGCAAGCCAGGGACGAUUUAAAGGCGUCAAGCGAAGGCGAGGAGCUCCCAUUUGUCAGCGAAGGCGACGUUCUCACAGCCUGGACCAUGAGCGUGCUUCCCGCGAUCUACGGCAAUCGCCCGUAUACGGUCAUGAACGUGGCCGACCUGCGAGGUCGCGUGCCGGGCCUCUUCAAGCCGGGCCACGCCUACGUACAGAACACCUUGACGCAAACCUUCACCAUAUUCUCGGCCGAAGAUGUCAAGAGCCUGGGCCUCGGCCGCCGAGCGCUCAGGGUGCGCCAGUCGAUUGUCGAGCAGACGACCCCAGCCCAGUGUGCCGCCUAUGCCCGUCUCACGAGGAAAAUCAGCAUCCCCCUCUUCGGCGAGGCAAGCGGGACCAUGGGAUCGAUGACCAACUGGGGGAAAGCCAAGUUCUUCGACAUUAUCGAUUUUGCGCCCGCUGUGGUCAAGGCUGUUUCGCCAGCGUUCCCCCCUUCUGCACAAGACGAGGAUCGCAGCGACGCCGGUAGAUCCACUGAUGAUCCCGAUCAUGGUGAAGAACCAUCCAUAACCCAGCGAUUUGACCAGCGGAUUGACGCAGGCAACGGCCGCAGCCGACAUGCCGCACCGAGUGAUGUUGCCGGCUGCUGCAGCAGUGCUCGGCUUGUCGGGGAAGAUGUCGACGAGUAA